AUGGAACAUCCUGAAAUAACAGCUGUACCAUCACUUAUCAAUGAAGAGUUUACCCAGAUGGAGAAAUCUGAAAGUAAAUUUACUCAUGAUGAAUUAUCGAUAAAAACAAAAUUGUUUGAAUCAGAGCAAGAUUAUACAUCCUCCAUAUUUUCUCUUUGUGAUAACUUUGAGGAAGAUCGUGAAGAAUCCAAGGAGACCCCUCAGAGCGACCAGUCCCUCUAUUUAAACUACAGAGAAUGAAUUUUGGAUAAAACAGCAGAUAUUGGUGGAAGAAAGAAGUCCCUAGAUGUCCCUGUAGAUAGUCUGAAGCUAGAUGAGUCUUUGACAGAAUUUAGGCAGAACAUCUUGAAUAUUAGGAAAAAGCUAAAGAAAUCUAAGUCUAAGGGAAAAGAAUCAAAGAUAUUUACAGCCAACACUACUAUUUUCCAAAUUCCUCCUACUUUCUAUACAGAAAUUGUCAAAGGAGUUUACUUUAACGACACGAAGAAGACAGUUCUUCUUGAAGAGAUUGCAGCGAAUAGGAAUGACUAUGAAUACAUGAAAGACCUCAGACAAGAUAUAGGACAAGGGAAAUUCAUGAAUUUUGAAACCUUUAAUGGAGAUAUUCUCACUGUUCACAAGAAUAUGGUCAAUAUCUUCAAAAAUGAAUUUGAUGAGGAAGAGGACUCAAGUGAAAAUAAAUUCGCCUUCCUCUCUGAGCAAGGCCAGAUUGGAACAGACAACAUUGAUUUCUCAGACAAAGGAGCCUUGCUUAAGAGGCAGAGAGAAAUUUUGAAGAGAAUAGAUGAACAUCGGAAGACUAAGGAAGCUACAUUCUCUCCAUUCAGCACUAUCGGAUCAGGACUUAAGACAUGGUUCAUUAUUCUCUGUCAAGGAGGAAAGUUCUGAAUGGCAAAAAUUCAAGGAGAUACAAUCAUUGAGCAUAAAAGUGAUUCGAAAUAUGUCCAAAGAAAGAAAGCAGGGAAAAGACAAAUUAAUUUUGACAAAACUUCUUCCUGCAUGACCUCUGUUGGAUCUCAGAUGAGAAGAAAUAAUGAAAGACUUCAUCAGGAGCAUAUUGAAGAGACCUUAAGAUAUUACAAAGAAGACCUUGAGUCUUCAGAUUUAGUCCUCCUUCAUGCUCCAGGGGUAAACAAGCUGUUCUUUGUUGGACCAGAUAAACCAUUAAGAGAUCUAAGAAGCAAAGUUAAGACCUUAAAUCUUCAAAUCACCACUGCUAACUACACCGAACUGAAGAAGGCUUUUGAGAAAGUAAUUGAAUUGAAGAUUAAUUUUAACUCUAAUUAA